UUCCCGAUUAUCCUCUUCAAAACCACACUUAUCACCGUCACACACCAGUCUCAAUAAUGGCCGAUCGGUACAAACUCACCGGUCAAGACCCACUUGCAAAACAACCAAAAACCAUCAUCAUCAGCCAUGGAGGAUCACCCAUCCGUAAGAAACGGCCAGCCCGGUCACCCGAGUCAACCCAACUCACGGGUCUUAUGGCCUUACUCAUAUCCACCGGAAUCUUGCUGGUUCUUUCUGGUGCCACCGUUACAAGUGCGGUUAUCAGCUUCAUAUUCUUUACACCCAUAAUCAUCAUCACCAGCCCGUAUUGGGUUCCGACUGGUAUCCUCCUGUUCUUCUUUGUGGCUAUGGUAUUGUCGGUUUGCGGGGUGGGUCUAGCUGCGGCUGCGGUCUUGGUUGUCCAGUUACUUAUGACGGGUGGGGAUGGUCGUUGAUCAGAACAUAUGUACAAGUAAUUAAAGACGUUUUUAGCUUGUUCAUUUUGUGAAAAUAAUGACGCUUCAGUGCAUGUUUACUUAA